AUGCCAUCUAUGUACACAGCAGUAUACAGUCAUAAGAAUGCUAUGAUGUAUGAGUCAGAAGCAGCGGGAAUAAGCCGAAUGCUGGUGCACUCCGCAGUAGAAAUAAUGAGCUGCGAAAUAAAAGAGAGGAAAGAGCACCUCUUUAUCAAAAUAAUAGAGUAUAAUGGGUUAAAGGUAAGUGGCCUACUCCUAGAGAAUGGGUAUAGAGUCCUAUGUGUCUUCCAAAGUGGGGAAAGUGAAAAAAAAGAAAUGGAAGAGGUUGGAAAUCUGUUUAGGCAGAAGGUAUUACAAGGAGAAUUUAAUCGAUUUGAAUUUUAA